AGAGUUCAUCGACCCUGAAGACCAGCAGACCUCAGAUCAGGCUCACAGAGACCCUCCACAUCACUGAAACAAAGACCAGCAGACCUCAGAGGAUCAGAUCAGAUCCACAUCAACCUGACAAACAUCUGCAGAGAAAGAAGGAACAGCAGAGAACCUAAAAAACUGACGGUGUUCCAGGUGUUCCCAGGUGUUCCAGGUGUGUGUGGGGUGUUCAGCAGCAUGGCAGUGGGCCUGCAGGUUGUGGGUCUGCUACUGGGCGUGGUGUCCUGGUGUCUGCAGUCCAGCUGUACCUCCUCCCAGGUGUGGAAGGUGAGGAGUCAGCAGGAGUCGGUCAGCAGCAGUCAGUGGCAGUUUGAAGGUCUGUGGAUGAGCUGCGCCGCCACCUCGCUGGGGUCCCUCCAGUGCAGCAGGUUCAAGACGGUGCUGGGACUGCCGGUUCACCUGCAGGCCUGCCGGGCUCUGAUGAUCCUGUCCCUGCUGGUCGGUCUGGCCUCUAUCAUCGUCUCCGUGCUGGGACUCAAGUGCACCAAGAUCGGCAGAACCUCGGAACACAUCAAAGACCAGAUCGCCCUGACCGGAGGAAUCCUGUUCAUCCUGUCUGGUGUGUUCACUCUGAGUGCAGUCUCCUGGUACGCUGCCAGAGUCAUCCAGGACUUCUACGACCCGCUGUACGGAGGCGUCCGGUUCGAGCUGGGUACUGGUCUUUAUCUGGGCUGGGCGGCCUCCUGUCUGGCCAUACUGGGAGGAUCUAUGCUCUGCUGCUCCUGCAGGAAGACUUCCCCCGCCGCCCCUGCACGGCAGUUUUCAUACAACUUCUCUAAAACGAGCCAAGGUCAGCACAUCUACAGAGCAGCUCCGGCCUCCGACAGCAGCAGCUCCAAAGCUUACGUCUGAACCUCUUCACCGCUGUCCGAUCUACCGCUGCUGGACGGACACAACGACAAUACGAUUUAAAAAACAAGGAUCAUGUCGGAUUUUAAAAAGUUCCAAAAGCAAAAUUAAAUGUACAAUGAGUUUUUUUUUUCUAACAAAAUGAAUUUUAUUGUGAAGGGCACACUUAUUUUGUACUCAUGAUGUCAUUGUCCAAAUACAAAACUUAAAGUAUGUUAGAUUCAGGUCCACCCAGGUUGGUUCACCUGUGUGUGAAGUCAUUUUAACAUUUUGUAAAUACAAAUAAAAUCAACCUUUUCCUCUACAAACA